AUGAAGGCUAUUGCUUUUACCGCGGCUGUGUGCAAGCAAAUGUACCAGGGUGAUCAGUUUGGACGAAAGUGGCCCGAUACCUGUGUCAUCGAUCAAAAAGAGCGACACGAUCUGGAUGAGACGUACGAUCCCAGCAAGACGGUUCCCAAUUCUCUCUUGGCUAUCACGAAGCUGGUGUCCCGUCAGGUUCGCAAACUACGAGAGUAUCAGGACAAUCUCCCAGCAGGAGCGGUAUCAGUGGAUCAAUACUUUACCACGUCUUGCGCAGAAGAUGGCAAAGCUUCUCAACUUUCGGACAAGCCAUUCCGGUUUCUGGAAUAUAUGGAGCAUGUAACGAAGCUGUGGGAAAAGGACGGUGAUGACUUCAAGUAUCCAGCCAAUCAAGUACAGCAUCACUUGGAUGACCUCCUGAUUUACCGGGCCACCUUGAUGCAUAUGAUUAUUUCACAGGCUGCAGAUAAUAGUCAUAUUCUCAGCAAUCCCAACUACCACAAGCUUAUUCCCGUAAUCUAA